AUGGGCAACACACUCUCAAUUCUGACCAACAAGACAUUUGUUGGCUACGCGACACUUUUCGUUGUUGUUGGCCUUGUCGGAUACACCCAGCACAAUGCCAAGCAGGUCAAGCAGCAGAAGUUAGCUUCGCAGAAGCAGCGCGUGCAAGACUCACGAGAGCAGCCCAAGAAGGAAAACAAGGCCAAGAGACAACGGAUGGAAAGCUUUGCAUCAGAGUCCAGCAAGCAGCCUCAGCCCAAAGCCCAGCCCAAGUCGUAUGCCGCAGCUACGCAAUCCAAGGCCAAGGACUACAGCUCCGAUGAUGGUGUCGACAAUCGUGAGUUUGCCAAGCAGAUGGCACAGAACAAGAAGAGCAAGUUUGCACCCAAGGUGAACAACGAGCAGAAGCAGAAGUCGGUCAAACAAUCCAAGGCCAAAGAUAUUAGUCACGAGACACCCGCAGACAACGGCAAGGCCUCGGCCCCUUCCGCCCCUUCGUCCACAGCUGGGAUCGAUGGCGACGAUGACCAGUCCUCUGCCGCUUCCCCCAUUGUCGCUGCCGCAGACCCCACAGGCAUCUCCGACAUGCUUGAGCAGCCCGCUUCAGGUCCCUCUGUCCUCCGACUGACCGACACAGCCGAGAAGCAGCAGAAGCCCAGGCAGGCCAAGGCGCCACAACCGACCGAGACCAAGAAGCAGAGGCAGAACCGGCUGAAGGUCGAGAGGGCAAAGGCCCAGCGCGAGGAGGAUGAGAAGGCUCGCAAGGUCCUGAUGGAGGCCCAGCGACGCACGGCCAGGGAAGCCGAAGGCAGAGCCGCCAAGGAUGGCUCAUCAUGGACGACUGUCCCAAAGUCCUCUGCAUGGACCGGAAAUGGUGUCAACGGCAAGUCUGAGCAGACCCCGGCCGCGGCAUCUGUUCAGCCCUUGGACACCUUCGACAACACUCCGAAGGCCGCUGCCGUCACUGCCCCAGCACCCGCGCAAAAGAAGGAUACCGCCAAGCAGAAUGGCGCAAAGACGAGUUGGGCCGACAUUCCGUACUCCGAGGAGGAGCAGCUGGAGAUGCUCAAGAAGGAGUCUGAGGAGUGGGUCCCUGUCUCCAAGUCUCGCAAGAAGAAGAGCAAGAACACGAGUGCUGUCAGCGAGACCGACGAGUCCGCCGCGGAGAACCACGCAGCCCCAGCCAGCAACAAGCCAGGCUUCAAGGCGAAUGAGAUCAAUGGUCGGCCCAAGGCGAAGGCUUUGCCUUCACAGUCGUCUUUCGCUGCACUCACUGAUGACGGCGCCAAUCUCGCCGAAGAGCAGGAGCAAGAGUGGGAUGUGUGA